CAGUUGGGAGAGCGCCGGUCUGCUUAGCGGGAGGUCACGGGUUCGAACGGGUUUUUCGGCCGGACCAACACUCAGGGUCUUUAAAAUAACUGAGAAGAAAGUGCUGCCUUUGUAAUGACAUCUGCAAACGGUUAGACUUUCUAGUCUUCUCGGAUAAGGACGAAAAACCGUAGGUCCCGUCUCACAGCACUUACACUUAUCUGGUUCUUGUGGGACGUAAAAGAACCCACACCACUGUUCGAAAAGAGUAGGGGACGUAGAACCCGGUGGUGUGGCCAACCUUCACACAUCACAUCAUUCACAUCAUGGGUUGGGUGAGUACGGGAAGCUCACAAGUGGACUGAGAGCGGCUGCCAGUGGCGCCUUUGUAUGCUGACGUCCGAGCUUACUGUUCACAUGUUAAAGUAUUGUAAAGAGGGCACGUCUGUUGUCCUCUCAUCCACGACUCUUCUUUUUAGGUCAUUGAAUAACUGUUCUGUUUAACUAACACAUGUAUUGCCUCGCAGGUGUCCGCCACAAUGUUGUGGGACUCGUCAAUCCAUGACUCCGUUUUCCUCAACCGAGUCACGCAAUCGCAUGAACGAGUCUACCUUAUUUUAAAGGUAAGGUCUCUCAAAACUUGCAGAAAUACCAGCGAGCGCGAAUUUCGAAGGAAGCGUGGAGCUUGAGUCACGCACUGAUCUUGCAAUGUUGCCUGCUUUGAGGCUUUUGGCGGGAAAACGUUUUCGUUGUCACAUGUCAUUGUGACUUCAAAGAAGCCAAUGAGGACAUGAGCUGUUAGCUAAAAUUCCAGUUAUCGGACAAAUGUUUGCUUAGUAUAUGUGAUGGUGGUUUCGUAUUUAUACUGCUUGUGACUUUCUUUUUCCUUGUUUCUACAGGUCAUAGUCCGUCUUGCCAGUCCCAUCUCAAUGGAUUUGGUUCUUAGAAAACGAAUUUCUGUCAAAGUAUAUAAGAGGCAAAGUUGGAAGGACAGUCUGCUGAAAAAAAUAACCAGGGUAAGUACUUUCGUAUUAUUCGCCACUCCAGAAACUUUAAGGGGAAUGGGUACAUGCUUUCUUCGCGAAGAUUUUUGGGAUCGUUUGGGUGAACAAGCGUUAGUUAUGAUUGGUCGAUGGUAUUCAAGGCAAACAUUAACCAAUCAGAAGUUACCCUUGUCCACCUUCACUGUCCCAGAAAUCGUUUCGCCGACAGCUUGUACGCAUGAUGUUUCCUUUACAUUUUCUGGAGUGGGGAAUUGUUGUUCUGAUAAACAGUAGUGAAUUGAUUUGAUAUUUUAAAAUAGAACUUUGUGUUUCCUACUGGUAUAACAUAUAAGACCCAGGGAUGAGGGAUUUUUUGUAACUUUGCUACGAACGGUACUAAAUGAAAGCAGUAGUGAAUAAAAUGAAUUAAACUGAACGCUCGUGCAUUGGUAAACGCAUGCAAAGCGUGCUGAGGCGGGCACGCGCACUUUAUUGCGGAGGCCUUGAGGCGAUAACAACGCAAAAUCAAAGGUUUGAUGCACGAAAACGGGUCUCCGUAUGUAUACCUUUGAUAUAAUUACAUCUUCUAAACUCUGCAAAACUACCUUUUAUGUCCAGGAUACUAUGAUCAUGUGUGUGGAAGCACAAGGUGAACACAUGCCUUGUUUGUUCUGCUCUUUUAUCUGGAUUGAGCUCACGAGCUCGAGCUAACCAAGCUUCCGCUGUCUUGUUCUAACAUUUCAGGAUAUCAUUACAAGAUGCGGGGUGACAUACGAACUUGUGUCGCACAUUCCGCGAGUAAGUAAAUUUUGUUACUUUCAGCUAGAAUGAGAGGGACGAAUUACUGUCACUUAUUCGUGCUUACUGUUUUUAAUUAGAGAAUAUGGAGGUACCGGUUGAAUACCAUGCUUGCCAUUCCUUGCACCACCAUCGUGCCACUUACCAGUCCCCCCCUCCCCAUGCCUUAUCACCCGUACUCCCCUAGUCUUAAAUGUCAUAAAUGGGUGGGGUGGGGGGGGGCAGAGAUGCUAGUUAUUGAUUAUUCCUGUUUCUUUUUACAGCAACCUGGAGAAGAAACGGAAGAAAGAGAGAACUUGGCGCAGAUGGCAGCAGAAGCUGUAGCAGCGGAGGGUGAGGAGGAGGAUGAAUCUGUACUGAGAAAGUACAGCAAAGGAAUUUCACAUGUGGAGAGCUUGCUGGCACUGGAUCGGCUGAGACAGGUAAACCCAUCCUGUUCAACAUGAACAGCGACACAGAGAUAAUACUGCCUUCUAAGUUUUAUUUGAUUGGCUGUAAAGUAAACACCCGCGUAUAAAAAGUACUUCUCAGUCGCUUGCAUUUGAAUGGACACUCUACUGGAUUUCAUCCACAGACUCAAAGUUAGAACCACUUUGUACAGCGUAAUAAACAGUACCACAGGAAAGUACAUGUACUUCUCAGUAACACUUUAGGUUUUUGCGGUUGUUAAGUAAGAGAGGCAUCCUUGUUGGGAAAAUGACAGUGACAAUCAGAUUUUCUUUGUCUUUUACAGGAAGUUAUGGUGAAGGAGAAACUUGCCGCUAUCGGAAAACCGCUUAGAAAGUUUGCCAGCACUCCAAAUUUGGCAGCUGCGGUAAUUUAUAUGUAUUUUUUUAAUCUUCGUCUCUGUUUCUUUAUUCAUCAAGCAUACUAUAGUUACAGUCGUGGCAAUUUUUUGUUUGUUUCAAGUCUGUUAGUACAGUGUUAGCUGUCGUAAGCGGACACCCUCCUGUUAUAGGAGCAACUAGAGAUUGAGAUGUGCUAAGGGUCAAAUAGCCGCUUACGGGAUCUUGACCAACUACAAAAAGAAAACAAAAAAGGUGUUUGUUAGUGUUUGGCUAUACUGUUGUUCUAAAAAUGUUGUAAUUCAGUCAACAGCGUAAAAUUCAAGUGGUGUUGUGAAGUGUAACCGGACGUGGAUGGACCUGUAUGUAAAAAAAAAAUACCUUUAAAAUUGAUACAUGCAUAAUUUUAUUGUGACGAACAGCGAUAUGUAGUUGAUAUACAAUAGACGUGUUCAAAUGGCAAGAAAAGGGUUCAGAAACUUAUAUCGACGCAGUGCCGUGCAGCUUCGCUCCGUCCCAGAAACCUCCCCGAAAUCACCCUUUUUAUAUCACCGUUUUUAUCUGUGAUCAGAAGCCCUAACCGAUAAUGUUUUUGUACUAUUCGGUACAGUGCAGACAUAGCUGUAAUAGGAACUUUACUUCUUGUUUACAGUCGAGUGAUCUCUCCUUCGGUGACAACGGAGGCAGUCGUUUCGAUUCUCCAGAAAGUAAUAAACUUUGGAACUUAAGGGUAAGCCUAAUCGCUCGUUUGGUUCUUACAAGCCAUCACUGACUAUAUUUCUGUGUGAUCGUUACCCCAGGGUUGGGGGGGGGGGGUACUUCCUAGUAACAGGUUAAUGGAGUUGUGCCGCUGGAUGGGGUCGCAUUUUCGCGGAUGGAUUGACUAUAAUGGGGUUGCAUUUUCAAUAGCGUUAGUAGAAUGGGAUCUCACAUUUUUUGUGAGUGGGGGAUCAGAAAAUUCAGGUAGGUACGGAUUUAAAGAUUGGGAGAUGUUUAUUUCAGGAUGACCAAGUUGAAGGGCUUUAUAAGUUAGAUCCAUAAAAAAAAGUUACUAAGUUUUGAUCGGGAAAAUGACGUUUUCCCCAAAGUGACUAAGAUGGGGUCUGUAUUUGGCCACAGAAUAGACUAUAAUGGGGUAGGGGUUCUAAGAGGCCAGCAGCACAUACCCCCCAAAAAUUAACCCGAGUAACCCCCCGGAGAUCGCUAGGAGGAAAUUGAAAGAAUUAUAGAAAAUGCCAUCUGUGGUCAGUUAUAAUGAUUGACACUAUUUUUCUCUAAAGUCGUCAACAUCGAGCGCUUACCACGGGGGGCAAUCGUGGUUUCAAAUGUACCGACAGGGCGGGCCCUAAAGUUUAUAGCGAUGGGGGAAGGGAGGUGAGAAAAAUGUCCUCCCAAACCACCCCCCUCCCAAACCAUACCCUCCCCCUAAGUAGAUUUGAUACUCAUCCCGGCCGGGCUCGACUCGGUACAUUUGAAACCAAAUUGGCCAGCCGUAAUUGUAGCUGCUCGACCCCGAAGAUCUUACGGUAAAGUAAGAGGACUGUCAACAGUCUUGUUUCGUCCCGAUCGCCAGCGUGUUGCUCAUCCUUAGUUUGGUAUUCUUCCCGUUUGCUCAAAUUUGCAAGAAAAGCGAUACCAAUCAUAGUCAACCCUAUAACCUUCUGGAAAUAAACGGAAGGAAGACAACUUUUUUUUGAGGCUUAGGCCAAACGUAAAACUUCUCAUGAGACGGAUCAAACUCUAAUUUGCGUCGACUUAAAUUAAGUUAAGAUCGUUUGUUGGGUCAGACGUCGAACUUAGGACGCGUCGAACUAAUCAACUGAAUCAGAUCAAAAAGCAAUUUUAAUAAAUUUUUUCCCUAACGAGGCUAAUUAUACAUUAUCGUAUAGAUUUUUAAUUUAUUAGUUUAGUUCGUUGCAUGUGGAGAUCGACGUUUAUCCCGAAAACGAUCUUCAGACGUUUUUGACUAUCCAAACUCAUUCAGACGAACUUAACCAGACGAACUUAGCCAGACGUGGAACUUUUCAUGAACUUAACUCAUGAAGUUUGGUUCGUCUCAUGAAAAGUUCGGCGUUUGGCCUUGGCCUUAAUUCAUUCUGUCACUUGUCAAUUCCAUACUUAUUCCUCGCAAACAAAAAAUCUGGAGACUGACAAGGCCUUUGCUUCCAUUAAAGGGAGGCGUCAUGGUCAAUUUCUUUGACCUAACAUUACCUGACUGUUUUGUUGGGGUCGUAAUACCCAGCAAAGUGAGGUUACAAGGGAAGAGACUAAGGGAGGGUUUUUUUUUUCUAUGACGUGACUUAUGUAUCUUUUUAUCUCCCCAGAGUAAUAACCGGAGUGAUUUCCUUCUUCCUGGGAGUUUCACGGAUCCACGACCGACAAGGCCAACCAAAGAAGAAGUGCUAAAUGAUCUCGCGCAACUCAGUCAACAGUUUGUCUCGUCUCCUCAAAACUCGUCCGGUGUAGUGAUGCGAAAUUCAGGCGAAAGAUCAAACUCACGUCCCAACUCGCGUCCCAAUUCGCUCCUGAUAGAUCUUGAACCUCUCGAAGAAGACGAAACUCCUGCGCCGAGUCCUCAAGUCAAGAAAAACCCUGCAGCUUUGUUCGACUUUGAGGAAUCCUCAAAGCAGGAGUCGACUGCCGACGGAACGGACAGCCCUGUUUCGGACGAUCUUCGAGAGCGUUCGGUUAGUGCUGAUACGUUGACGUUCGAAGAUCCCUUGACUCCCACGCCGUCAGGCGAAAAUAUCUCAACUCCUCAAUCGGAUUCAAAAGAAGUGAAAUCAGUUGAGAAGGAGAAGCUUAUUGAUUUAAGUUUUGCUGGUACGGACAAUGAGAAAGUCAGCAAGCAGCUGAAUCUGCUUGGAUUAAAAGAUUUGUUAGAUGGGGAUGAAGAUGAAGAAGAGGACGAGUCUUCGUCGCUGCUUAUAGAACCGACAGAGGAAAAACCAGGAAUUGCUGUGCCAAAAAACGAACAAAAACGAAGUUCUAAGGAGGAUCUGUUAGGUUCUUCGUGCGAUUCGGACGACUUCAAAUUCACCUCGCUUGAUAGUCUAGGAGAUUUAAAAAUGGGACAAGUGAUUUGUAUUGGGGAUAAGAAGACGGGAAGGAUCAGAUAUAUCGGACCGACAGAGUUUGCCCCCGGGGUAUGGAUUGGAGUUGAGCUUGAUACACCCUCAGGUACGAGAGUUUGUAUUAUGCAAUUAGCAGUUUAAUCUUACGAGCGUAGUCUUACUUAAUCGCGCGAGAAAACGCGUUUGCUCUUUAGGGAAGGUUAUCGAGCGAUUUGACGAAAUCACCGAGACACCCUCAUGUCAUGAGGGGAUUAGGUAAUACUGGUAGUGUAGGAUUCUAUAGACGUAGCAUUGUUUUACUAGUCAAGAUAAGUGUAAACCCGUGAUAUAAAAACUGUGUACCAGAAAAAGGAACAAACACAGAAGCAAGAACUUUGGAGAUCCAGCCACUUGUCAGUAUGUACCCAACACGGACCGUGUUUAAGUUUUAUAAACUAUGCGCUGACUAUGGAAGUUGUUCACAGGAAAACAUGCUUUAAAUGCUGAGCCGAAUAAAUUAGGGACCUGAAGAUACACCCGCCGUUCCCUAACCCUAACCCAGGUACGGUCAAAGCCGAGGAAAAGCCCUGACUUCCGAUUGACGUGCGUCGCUUAAAAACGUCUUUGCUUAAGCAGCCGCCUCUUUUCAGGAGAAACGGCUAGGCAGCCAGAUAGAACUGUGAUGUCUUAAUCACAUUUGGGAGGUCUUAGUUGCCUUUUAUAUUACUACGUGAGAAACAUGUUCACCUACCCGUACCUAUAGGUAGAAAAGGUGUAUUUUAAGGUCAUUAUUUAACUUUCGGCAUUUUAAUCGGAUAAGAGGUCUUCUAACCAAAAUCAUUUUCAGUGUCCCAGAGACGUUGAAAACAAAACCAGAUUUUGAGGCUCCGGCCUCCUGUUUCGUGUAUAAGGCAUGAUACAGUGAAAACUCGAUACCACGAACCUCUAUAUAACGAAGUCCUUGAUAUAACGAACGGUAUUCCUUGCUCCAGUAAUAGCGAAAUAUAUUUAUCAGAACCUCGAUAAAACGAAACUUCGAAAAAGCGAACGUAUUUUGCGUAAGUCGUUGUUGCAAUUUGGUGUCACUAAUUUAUACAUUUUUCUUCUUCAAACCAGGAAAAAAUGAUGGAUCCGUGGACGGGCAACGAUAUUUCGCCUGCAAACCGAGAUAUGGUUCAUUUGUAAAGCCAGAAAAGUGUUUUCCCAUCGACUCAGUGAAAAAAGAAGCCCCGUCACUUGCUCCGAAAAACAGUGGGCGUAGCAAUAGCCCCUCAAGAAGCCCCCAUGCUAUGCGACAACAAACGAGGGAUAAUCGGCGAAAGAAUGAAUGGAAAAGGAGGUCAAACAUUCUGUUUUAAAUAGAUACGGUUUUGUGAUGUGAGUAGAGCAUUGGGCUUCAAAACUUUCUACAAUUGACAACCUGAGGUCGAAGAAAUGUCUUACGAGAGGUCAGCCUAUUUUUUGAGAUAUUUUUCAGGAAGCAGCCUGGUUCGGUUGGGCGAUUUAAAUUUACUUGAGAUCUGGUAUUUCGAAGAUAAAUUUGCAACAUCAACAGAUCUGGUAAAUCCUACAAAAAUCGAACGAUCAACCGAUUUUUUGACGGUGCAUCAAAUUUUCAGUCAAAUGCAAAUAGUAAAGGCGUCAACAAAUUUUAUAUCAUCAAUAUUUAAGAGGAAAAUACCUUGCGUCGCUCAAAAAGGCUGCUUAAGGGACGAUGCUCAUCGAGGCAAGGGACGAUGAGUAACAGGGAGAGAUGAAUGUAUUAUGAGCUACACUGCGCCCGAUAAGCUGCAGAUAAUAAUCAAGAAACCAAAAUGGACUACUUUUAAUCGUAAGAUUUUGAUUUGAAUAUUUAAUUCCUGGCCCAAAAAGUUACCGGGCUUUUCGAGAAACGGGCCCUAAGGUUUUGCCGACACCUCUGAAAACACUGAAGUAUACCGCCUUUAAAAUGGUAGAGACGAGUGUAAGAAUUGGUAACCAAACCGAACCAAAGUAAACCUGUUAUGUAUGAUGGUCUACCGAAGGGACCUUAUCCGUUCUUUUCUAGAUUAAACGGGGAGGUAGAAGACAAUAUAAGGAGCCACGAGUCUGGGUUCAGCUACUUGGGUGAACUGGGUAGUGAAAUAUUAUUGGUUGCACAUGUAAAUUUAAAUUUUUUAUUAUCACGGGAUAAAUAAACAUGACAAACAGCCGACAUUUCUCCACGCUACCAUUGGUUUCCCGCGAAAUGACGUGUGAGGAACGUGCACAGAAAUUCCAUACUGAUGGCAUGUCACUACCCGGAUCUAGGCAGUGCUUCUGAUUGGUCGAAGCAAAUUUCCCUCGCAGCACGACAAUGAGGAGCUCGGUUCUUAGACUUCAUUUUGCAGGGAAACCAGUAGUGGCGUUGUUUUCUCAAGCUGGGGAUAAACAUAUUUUAACAGUAUUAGACGUUGAGAAAUAGAUGUUAAAAAUUUUUCGGUUUGUUCGAAAACUAAUAGUCAAGUUCAAACCAGUUGUGAUGCAUAACGAGUAAAUCUGAGGUUGUGAAGUAAACAACAUUGUUUCCCUUCGGAAGGGUACCACUAACGUCUGAUAAUUUAAGAAUAUUUUUAUUGACGUAUGUCAUCAUUUAGUGAAUGGAAGAGUCAUGAAGUUAUUUUUGGCCACUCGAAGGCUAGCGGUUUGUUUGUAGAGAUGUUUCGUCAUAAAAGAUCCUGACCGGGGUGUUACGACUUGUUAGUAAACAUUUUGACAUAAAUAGAACAUUUUUACUGCAAGCUAAAUGAAACACAUCCUGCCAGCAGAGCUUUUCUUUCGCUUCCUCAAUUUUGGCGUAUUCGAGAAAAACUACCUGAAUCGAGUAAGAUCAAACCCAGGCCUUAUAGCCGUACGAUUGGCACAGCGGGCUCAGUUAUGACUAUCGGGUUAUCAUUAAAAGGAUGCUCGCUCUCGAAAAAACUGGUUUGACGAGAGGAAACGAGAUUGACUGGUCCAGAAGUUUGGACUGCGGUGACGUCAAAGGCCUCAAGGAAGCUCUGCUCGCAUGGUGAAUGAAAUAGAACCGAAUAAAAAUAUUUCCCGUGGGAGAAUUGAUCAUCUUUGUGUACCGCUGCUCUGAAAUAAGUAGAGUUUUGAGUGGGGUUUCAAUGAAUUAUCAGGAAUUAUAUAUUUAUUUAAACACGUUAAAAGGUUUGUAGCGAUUUAUAUUUAAGCAAAAUAACUAUAAAGGUAGAGGAUUUAAUGUGGUCUAGUUGGACCGUUUAGCGUUCAAUAAUCUCGCCGCAAAUGUGAGCCCCAAAGGAUCGGCCGAACAUGUCUCGCAAAGGAAACAUUUAUAAACGACUUCCGUUUUCAUAAACGACCACACAACUGAAAUAAAAAUAUUUUGGGAGUAAAACACUUGUGGAAACGUAAUUGGGAGGCCUAGUUGCCUAGUUUAUAAUGAUGAUAACUGCCCAUUAUAAUGCAAUAUUUUGAGGCUUAACCAAAAUGUAGUUAUAGUGAAGGUGGAGGUUAAUUAUGGCAAUGAAAUCGUUGAAUAUAGAUUGCUCACUGUCCCCUGUCGAAAUUUGGCGUUUCGGGCGGCCAUCUUGGAUGAGUGUCAAAUCUACUUAGGGGACGGGUACUGUUUGGGAGGAAGCGAGAAAGAUAUUUUCUCCUUGCUCCCCCCACCGCUAUAAAACCCGACCCCCACCCACUCGGUACAUGGAAAACCAAGAUGGCCGUCUGUACCGGUGAGCGCUCGAUCCUGCGAGCUAGCGAGAAAAUAGGGGACUGUCAAUAGUCUACGUUGACUGUCUUGAUGGUGUUGAAUGUCUGAUAAUAAAGUCCAUUUUAACUCUUUGCAGCCGUUACGAGCUGUUUGGAGACAAUUUCUCAUAACAAGACAUAGUUUAUGUACAGGAGGUUUUUCUUAACUGUUAGGAGGAGCUGUAGUUUUUCAAUGAAUUUUGUAUAGAAACUGAAAUUAAAGUUACGUUAAUUAAACUGUAGUCUGCUCUCUUAGCUGAUUGGCUGUUAUGUUGUAGUUAACGCCAUUACGGCAUAACUCCAAUAAAGGGGGUGUGGGCUGCCCUGUCACUCGUUCCUUGCUCCGGGUUAUGGCGAUUAUGCCCUCACCUUUUGCUUAUCUGCACCACUCC